GAAAGGAUGAAAGUAGGGAACAUAUAAGACAUUUAUCUUUGAUUCACCUGCAAGUCGUCUCCAUCUGAUUCCUCAACCCUUGACAGCCUAGGGGUACCAUGCCAAUUCCAGGGGUUUACCAACGUGUGGCAAAAGGGCAGCAGUCACAGAAAAAGCUUGGAACAGUACAAAAUCCCAAACAUUUUAAAGACCAAGAUUUUGACAAGAUCCGUGAAGCCUGCUUCAACAGGAGACAACUGUUUGAGGAUGAUACUUUCCCAGCAAAUGUAAAUUCUAUUGGGCACCAGCUACUACCCAGAGAAAAACUAUCAAGUAUCAGGUGGAAAAGGCCAAAUGAAAUCAAUAGAGAUCCUCGCUUUUUAGUGGAUGGAGCAAAUAUAUUUGAUAUUGUCCAAGGUGAAAUUGGUGAUUGCUGGGUUCUUGCUGUUGUCGGUGGUUUAACUUUGAGAAGAAAAUAUCUAGAAAAUGUCAUACCAAAAGACCAAGAGUUUACCUACAAAUAUGCUGGGAUUUUUCACUUCAGGUUCUGGCAGUUUGGAGAAUGGGUGGAUGUUGUGGUGGAUGACAGACUUCCUUUCCUGAAUCAAAGAUAUCUCUCUGUUCAACCUCGCAGCAGCAAUGAGUUCUGGCCGUCCCUACUAGAGAAGGCGUAUGCUAAGUUGCGGGGCUCUUAUCAGAAUUUGCACUGGGGCUUCAUUUCAGAAGCAUUUGUAGACUUCACAGGUGGGGUGCAAAUGGAUUUCAAUUUAACAAAACCUCCUUCAGACUUUCGGGACAUCGUUGUAGCCGCUGCUAGAUCUGGUUCCCUCAUGGGUGCGACAACGCCUGGAGAACAAAGAGCUGGCAAUACGGAAUUACAGAAUGGUCUUGUUCAGGGACAUGCGUACUCAGUGACUGAUGCAAGACAGGUGGAAUAUAGCAGCAGAACAGAAGACAUUGUUCGUGUGUGGAAUCCUUGGGGACAGGGCGAAUGGAAUGGGCGAUGGAGCGAUGGUUCAUCCCAAUGGGAAAGAGUUAGACCUGAAAUAAGAAAUAAGCUAAAUGUGCAAAGGAACGAUGGUGAAUUUUGGAUUUCCUGCCAGGAUUUUUUACAGAAUUAUAACUUUGCCACCAUUUGUAACCACUCUCCAUCUUUCCUGGAUUUUGGAAGUCCACAAUAUGCCUGGAAGACGUUCACUUAUAUUAACAAAUGGGUUGAGGGAAACGCAUCUAGCAGUAUCAGCACUGCAGACAUUUGGAAAAACCCUCAAUAUUUGAUAAAUGUUUCUGAAUCAGAAGGAGGAAAACGUUGUUAUAAUGUGACUGUAGCGCUGAUGCAGAGUCUGGCAAAUGAGCACAGAUAUAACAAUGGCUGGUUCCCAAUUGGCUUUCUGUUAUGCAAGGUUGAUACAAAGGGUCUUAAGAGUGGAACACAAGAGAAAUAUUAUCCCCAACAAGCUACAGAAACUAUAAAUACAGGACUAGAGAAUGUGCGUGAAGUCACAAGAUCUUUUAUGGUGCCACCAGGGUCAUAUGUCAUUAUCCCCUUUGCAUUAAACAAUGGUCAGGAAUCACAGUUCCUUCUGAGAAUCUUUUUGAAGACCAAAGAAUUGGCUGAUUAUUCAGAAGCAGACACAAAGGAGGAUAACCAGACAUAUCCGAACAGUUCUGGAAUAAACUAUCCUGAAAUGAAAACAAAAUCAAGAGAAGACAACAAAGCAGUGUACCGGAAGGAUGAUUUAUUGAGUGAUUUUAGUUCGAAGCUGUCUCUAAACACGCCGAACCCUAAGGCUGUUCUAAAGAGAUAUGUUGACGACAGCUAUGACAAGAUUUUCGUACGUUAUUGUGACCAGAACUCAGAAAUGUAUGCGGAGCAGCUGCAGAGGCUUCUGAAUGAGGUGGUGCUUACAGAUCCAACUUUCAACGCCGACAGAGGAGAGUUCACCUUGGAUGGCUGUCGAGGAAUUUUAAUGUUGAUGGAUCUUAACGCAAAUGGAAGACUGAACCUGAAAGAAUUUGGGCGCCUCUGGAAACGCCUGAACAUGUGCAAGGAUAUUUUCCGGACGCUUGAUGUGAUUCAGUCAGGAUUCAUUGAUGGACAGGGUUUGAGGAGUGCAGUACAAGAAGCUGGACUAAUGGUUAGUGAUGCUGUAGUGAACGUGAUGCUUCUGAGAUAUGGUGACUCUACGGAUAAAAUAAAUUUCUCAGAUUUUGUGUGCUGCAUGAUACGGCUGGAGACUGUGACAAAAGUGUUUCAGAACUUAUCGAAAGAUGGUCAAGGGGUUUACCUGAGUGGGGAAGAGUGGAUGCAGAUUAUCAUGUCAAGUUGACAUCAAGGAUAAUGACUGUGCAUUUAUUCUCGUGGACCCAAAGAAACUGUCGCCUGAUUACCAAUUCAUCCAUAUACAACAAAAUAUACAGAAUUUUGUAAAAUAAUGUGAAAUAUUUUAUUUUGAAUUUUGCUCUAUUUGACACUCAAGCUUUUUACUGAACAUAAGAGAAGUUGACUUCAAAAAUGAUAUAAGUAAAAAUAUUGGAGUAAAAUUAUUAUUACUUAAAAUUAGUGAAGA